CACAUGGUGGUCUGUAUUUGCGGAGGAGGAGAAAGAGUAGUGAGUAUUGGCAAGGGGGAACGCUGUUUCACUACAGCAGUAAACACAAAGGGAACUUGUCGUCUGCAGCAAUGAGCGUUAAAAUCUAUUACACCACCGUUACCGCAUCCAGAGAGGUGAAGUCCCAGCAGGCGGAGGUGAUGCGGAUCCUGGAGAGUAAGAGCAUUCAGUUCGAGCUCAUCGAUAUCUCCCAGGACAGCUCUCUGCGGGAGGAAAUGAGGGCCAAGGCAGGGAACCCCACUGCCGUGCCCCCCCUGAUGUUCAACGGGGACCAGUACUGUGGAGACUACAAGAUGUUUGCAGAGGCGGUAGAAGAUGACGCCGUGGAAAAGUUCCUGAAACUCGCUUGAGCCGAGCAGCGCCUGGGAGCUCCUCCCCUCUGCCUGGGAGCUCCUCCCCUCUGCCUGGGAGCUCCUCCCCUCUGCCUGGGAGCUCCUCCCCUCUGCAGCCCUGCGCAGGCCCUGGGCUCAGCCCCAGCCUCACUAUUUCAAUGCUGUACCGAAUGCCAAAAACAAGCACCUUCUCGCUGAUUAACCUUAAUACACACACACACACACACAUACACACACGCUGAUAUCAAAGUAAUGGCUGGGAACCCUUUCUAUUCCUCCUGUUACAAAACUGAAAUACUGCUAAUAAUUGUCUUAAAGAAUAGGCAUCAAUGAAGUAGAGCACUAGAAACCUUUUUUGGGUGGGGGCGAAGGGGCACCAGCAGGAAACCAUUUGCUUAGUCCAGUAGCACUGGAUCACUUCUAGGGUAAGAUUUACAGCUUUUUUUUUUUUUUUUGCGGGUCAUAUUUUAGUGAAAUAUUUACUUAUUGUAAAGAAAAGUACGUCACAAUAUUAAGUAUUAUGCUCCCGUCCCAUAAAGACAGUUAAAUUGAAUGCAUUCUGGCAUAUAUGGUUAGUGAAAAGUGAAAAACAAGACCAGGUCCAGCUGCUGUAGACAUGGCAUUUUCUACAGCAGUGUAGGCAAUUCAACUACAGGUAUUGUCUUCAAUGGUUCAUUACAGUGUGCAGCCUCUGCAUAACCCUAUAUGGACUAGUAUUAACAGUGGUGCACUGCUUCAGUCUCGUUGCUUGGAGAGAAAACACUUCACUGUAUUUUCAGGAAAUGCAGUAUUACUUGGAACACAGUUUAUAUAAAAAAAAUGCCUUUUGGAAAUAAUUCAGUGGUAUUUAAUGAGUGCCAAGAAAUAUCAAUAGUGUUAUUCACAUUCCAAACCUAAGUCUUACUUUAAAUGAAGGUUAUUCAUAAAACACUUUCACAGUAAUCUGCAGUAAUACUGUGCAUCCAAAGGUUUACACUUCAUCGAUGCGGUCUGUUCACUAAUCAGAUCAAAAGACCUCUUAAGCAGUUGUUUGUGUAAUAGCAUCACUGGGUUUACCUGUUAAAGGAGAGAUCAAGUAAAUACAAUUCCUGUACCUUGUGCAUCUUAAAGAUAUCCAUCUUAAAUUCAACUUGUUAGGAGCUACAGUGUGAUCUGAGGGCAGAGUACAGUUUAUUUGAUCUUUGUUUUUUUAGUGGUCUAUACCAAUAAAGGUAACUUAACCCUCCUCCCCUACUGUUCAUCCUCCUGAGUGCCAACCCUCACAGUUCAACACAAUAAUACAGACUUCCAACUCUCCACAAGUGCCGCGUUCACUUGACAUCAAACACGGAUAGAUUGACUUGGCAAUGCAGUAUAUCAGCGUCAGUGCAGAAUCUGAGUCUAGUGGUCUCGCUGCUGUUGCUGCACCCCCUCGCCUCUAUUCUAGUAAUCCAGCCUUGACGGGUAAACGUUGUUUCUGGGCAUCGUUCUAUUGCAUUCCCUGCUAUUUCGUUUUCCAUUGUUUUGUGUAACAGAUUAUUUGACUCAAGCAUUCCAUUAUGGAUCACAUUCUUCUUUUUAGCUGUUGCUUUGCCUUUUGGACCAAUGCAUUUUUUUUUUGGGCCAAGAAAAAAAAAAAUCGAUAUAUUAUUGUCUUCCAAGAAGAUAAUAACCAUGUGCUGCAAAUGAAAUAAAGUAUAAAUUGGGUAA